AGUACAGCUAAAAAGAACAGAACACGAUUAUACAUGUUCGAUCACGUGCGUUUUUAACCUAUUUCGUAUUGUUCCAACUCUAUCUCACGCACAGAUUUUGUAUAUUUAUGAAAAAGAACUGAUAGCACUUAAAAUAAUAAAGUAAUUAAAAAUGGCGAAAAAGAAGAUCGGAAAACAAAGAAAAGAUAAAUAUUAUCAAUUAGCAAAAGAGACAGGUUUCAGAUCACGUGCUGCUUUCAAAUUGAUUCAGUUAAACCGUAAAUUUGAAUUUCUUCAAAAGUCAAAAGUAUGCAUCGAUUUGUGCGCAGCACCAGGUGGCUGGAUGCAAGUUGCCAAACAAAAUAUGCCACUAUCAUCUAUAGUUAUAGGAGUGGAUUUGUUUCCAAUAAAACCUGUCCCAGGAUGUAUCAGUCUUGUAGAAGAUAUUACAACAGAUCAGUGUAGAGUAACUAUCUCACGUGAAUUAAAGACAUGGAAAGCUGACGUUGUUUUACACGAUGGUGCUCCCAAUGUGGGAAAGAACUGGCUUCAUGAUGCGUAUCAACAGGCUGUUUUAACAUUAUCAGCCGUUAAACUAGCUACUCAAUUCUUAAGUGCAGGUGGUUGGUUUGUAACAAAAAUAUUUCGAUCUAAAGAUUAUAAUCCAUUGCUCUGGGUGCUAAAACAGCUAUUCAAAAAGGUACAUGCCACUAAACCUCAAGCUUCCCGUAACGAAUCUGCAGAAAUUUUUGUGGUUUGUCAACAUUACAUCGCGCCAGAUAAACUAGAUCCCAAGUUCUUUGAUCCAAAGCAUGUAUUUUCUGAAUUGGAAAUAGAACCAAAAAAUACCUUAAAUGUUCUUCAUCCGGAAAAACAGAAGAAAAAGAAAGCUGAAGGAUAUCCUACGAAUGAUUACACGUUGUAUCACAAAUUAUCUGCGAAAGAUUUCAUUGCUUGUGAAAAUGCGAUAGAGGCUCUGCAGAACGCUUCUGAGAUAGUAAUAGAUGACGAAAUCAUCGACAAGCAUGAGAAAACGACUAAAGAAAUUAGAGAAUGUUGCAAGGAUAUUAAGGUACUUGGUCUAAAGGAUUUGAAGCUUCUGCUCAAGUGGUGGAAGGCAUUAAAAGAAACAGAAACUAAAAACAAGGAAGAGAAUAAAACAGAAGAAAAGGAUAAAGUUGAAGAUAAAACUGCAGAGAUAACUACAAGUCUGGAAGAGCAAGAGGAUUUGGAAGAUGAGGCAAUUCAAAAACAAAUCGCUGAGCUCAGAGCGGAGGAGAUGAAAGAGUUAAAACGCAAGAAAAAGAAAGCUAUAAAAGAAAGACAAAAACUGAACGAACGUCUUAAUUUGAAAAUGAUUCAUAAAAAUGACGAAGGACCCAAAUUAGAAGGAGAUGAUAUGUUUAAAUUAAGCCAAGUUCAAAGUUAUCAACAAUUGGAACAACUGACAAACCAAACACCUGAUGUCUUAGCGGAAAGUGAUGUAGACUCGGAUGAUGAGAUUGUCAAGCCGAAGAUGAUUCGUUAUGAAAAAGAUACAGGUCACUUGGAUAGUAAAGGUUUAUAUUAUAAAACGGAAGACAGUGAGGAAAAUGAUAGUGACGCUGAAUCAGACAAUAUUAACAGCGAUAAAUCUAGACUAGAUCUAGAGGAUUCCGAAGACGAAAGUACGAGUGAACCGCAAAUAGAACAACCAUCUGUAGAUCCUGAUAGCAAUCCGUUGCUCACCGAUUUAGAUUUCCGAGACAAAAAAACCAAAAGGAUUAGUAAAGCAGAAUUGUGGUUCGAGAAAGAUGCGUUUAAAAAUUUGGAGGAUGAAGACGACGCGGACUACGAAAUAAAUAGAAUGAUCGAUGUAUACAAAAAGAAAGGAGGACAUAUUGUUGGAGAGGAGAAAAAUGUAGAAGAGAAAACAAAUGAGAAGAAAGAACGAAAACGCAACAUCAGUGAAAGGGAUGGUAGCGAAAGUGACGACACAAAUUCAGAUUACGAUGUGGAAGAAAUGAUGGCUCCCCAAAGAAAAGUACAAAAAAUUGGCAAAAAAGACGGUUUCGAAAUAGCGUCGAAGGAAACAGGUAAAACACCGAAAAAGAGAAAACUUACUUCCGAGGAUUUAGCGCUCGGAUCAUUGUUGAUCGAAAGUAAAAAAUCACGAAGGAACUUGAUCGACUCGGCUUGGAAUAGAUACACGUUCAACGACGAGAAAUUGCCCGAUUGGUUUUUAAAGGAUGAAGAAAAACAUAUGAGAAAAGACGUGCCUGUGCCUAAGGAACUUGCCGACGAAUACAAAAAGAGAGUCGAGGACUUGAAUGUCAGACCGAUCAAGAAAGUAAUGGAGGCCAAGGCAAGGAAAAAGAAACGUGCACUGCGCAAACUUGAGAAGGCCAAUAAAAAAGUCGAAGCACUGAUGGAUAAUACGGAUAUCACCGGUAAAGAGAAAGUCGAACAGAUUAAAGCGUUGUAUAAGAGAGCAACUAGAGAACCGAAGAAAGAAGUUACGUAUGUCGUAGCAAAGAAACACUUGGCGGGCAAGCGAAGUGUUAGGCCUGCUGGUGUGAAAGGUCGAUACAAAAUAGUCGAUCCGAGAAUGAAAAAGGAUUUACGUGCGGCGAAAAAUAAAUUGCAAAAAAAUGCAAAAGGUCGCAAAGGAACCAAAAAGAAUUUGCGCGCGUCAAAAAAAGUGCAAAGCACCGCAAAAAGUCGCAAAGGACAUAAAACCGCCAAAAAGAGAUAAAUUGUUUAGAUUUUAAUAACGAUAAGUAAACGUCGUGUAGAUUGUUUUGUAUUUAUCGGAUAACAAAAAGUGUUGUAAAAACAUUCAUUAUAAAAAAAAUAUAUUUCACAAGAGAAAGACAGAGAAAGAGAGUUUACGUCAUCUUACGAAAUAUUCCGUAAAUAAGAUAGUGGUGUGUCUAUACGUACAAAUCCAUAUUGCCUAUUUAUCUACUAACGUGACUUUCGUCUCCUAUACCCUCUUUGAAACCUUGAUCCGACGCGUAAACCCCUCCACGAGCUUAUAAUACUCUCAGCUGUUCCGCGUAUCAGAUAUCUCGAUGUGACCAACGGGCCGUCGCCUGCGUAGCGUCGGGACGCUGCGGUCGAUGUCAAGGACAAGGCCGAUGGCAUCUAUAAAGAUCGCUCUGCGUCGGCGUUCCAUGCAUCGUCAUUUGCGAAAGUAGCAUCGAACCGAUUUCCGUGAGUAAGUAUACGUGAGUGCCAAGAGAGAUUCGACCCGCGUCCCCCGUAUAAUAAAAAUUAUAGAUCGCACGACAUUCUAUUUUAUAUUACAACACACCGACAAGAUUUUUAUAGCAAUCUGUGGGACAGAAUUGU